AUGCUGACUCAGAAGGUCAGGUUUGCCAAAUCUUAUUUAACAGCACAUCCACCUUAUGUUCACUUCAUUAUGGUCUUGGGCAUUAUUGUGUUCUUCGUUGUCCAGUUGCUUCGUUUUUACUGUUGUUCAAAUGUUGAUUGCCACUCCGAGGGUCACGACUCUCUGCUUCGGUCGAAUGGAACUGGUAGUGAUGGCUUGUUUGGGCGCCAAACCGCCUAUCAGAACGUUGCGGAAGUCAACUCGAAACCCAGUCAUUAUCCAACAAUGGACGAAUUGGCUGAAAUGUUGACCACUGUCGUUGAUUAUUUCAAAAUUGACCAAUUCAUUGGAUUUGGAAUGGGAGCUGGAUCAAAUAUCUUGGCUCGUUAUGCGCUCCAUCACCCAGAGCAUGUAUGGGCUCUGUUCUUGCUCAAUCCAAAUGGAUCAACACAUGGCUAUUAUGAGUGGUUCCAUAAUCGUUGGUCGGAUCUUCCCAGUCUUCAACGCGGUAUCUUUACCGAUACACUAUUGGCUCAACUCGAAGCUCAUUGGUUUGGAUAU